UGGUCUCCAAGCCCCGCCCCCGCCAUAUUGCGUGGCUACAGUGCUAAUGCUAAGGCUUUGUCCUGUAGCGUUGGACACUGACUCAGCCGUGGUCUUGAACGGUAGAAAGUGAAAACAAACACAUUUAUCCACCCAUAUUUUAAAUAACCCUCAAAUAUGAGUAAAAGAAAAGCGCCACAGGAAACUCUGAACGAAGGAAUCACAGAUUUUCUCAUCGAAUUGGCAAAUUAUGAGAGAAAUGUCAACAGAGCCAUCCAUAAAUACAAUGCUUACAGAAAAGCAGCAUCUGUGAUCGCCAAAUACCCUCAAAAGAUCAAAAGUGGGGCAGAAGCAAAGAAACUGGAUGGAGUUGGUGCAAAGAUAGCAGAGAAAAUCGAUGAGUUUUUAACGACGGGAAAACUGCGCAAGCUGGAAAAGAUUCGCAGUGACGACACAAGCUCCUCCAUCAACUUCUUAACCCGAGUGACUGGGAUCGGUCCUGCUGCGGCCAGGAAGUUUUAUGAGGAAGGCGUCAGGAACUUAGAAGAUCUGAAGAAGAUCGAGCACAAACUCAACCAUCAUCAGCAGAUCGGGUUAAAAUACUUUGAAGAAUUUGAGAAGAGAAUCCCUCGUGCAGAAAUGCAGAUAAUGGAGGCUCUGAUACUGAAGGAACUGGAUGUGGUGGAUCCCGAGUACAUCGGCACCAUCUGCGGCAGCUACAGACGAGGAGCAGAGUCGAGUGGUGAUAUUGAUAUACUGCUGACCCAUCCGGACUUCACCUCUCAGUCUGAGAAACAGCCCAAACUCCUUCAUGCUGUCGUGGAUCAUCUGGAGUCCAUCGGCUUCAUUACCGACAUGCUUUCUAAAGGAGACACUAAGUUUAUGGGUGUGUGUCAGCUGCAGAAAGAUGAGGAAGAUGAAGAAGAGUAUUUUCACCGCCGUAUUGACAUCAGGCUUAUCCCAAAAGAUCAGUAUUUCUGCGGUGUGCUGUACUUCACCGGCAGUGAUAUAUUCAACAAGAACAUGAGGACUCAUGCCCUGGAGAAGGGCUUCACUCUCAACGAAUACACCAUCCGUCCACUGGGCGUCACUGGUGUGGCUGGAGAGCCUCUGCUGGUGGACAGUGAGAAGGACAUCUUUGACUACAUCCAGUGGAAAUACAAGGAACCAAAGGAGCGCAGCGAGUGAAACAAAGACAGAGACAAAAUCCAACCUCAAACUGUGUGCGCGCUGCUCAUUUAGGUCAAAUUAGCAUAUUUUAAGAGUAGAAGAGCCAUUUAGGGAGAGAUGUGUAUGUGUUUAAAGUUUUAAAGUUGUGAAAGCAGCUACAUAACAGUAGUUGAUGGUGCUUUUUAUUAAUAAUAAUAGCCGUGCAUAAUAUUUGUUUUAAAUCCAAGAGUGAAGUGAGAGUGAGUAAUGACUUCACAGGCAUGUCAAUACUCAUGUUAAUGUCAUUCUGUCAAAAGUAUAGCAGCAAACAUGUCUUUAUUUCAACACCCUCAACACUGGUAUGCAGGAAAGCAAACUGGGAAAAAAAAUGAAUGAUUGUCUGUGGUUGUGUUAUUUAAAAUCUAUUAUGAUGCUAUUGGGAUAUUUUUAUUUAGAUAAUAGUCUACCAUAAUACGACACAAAAGAUUCUUCAAGUUUGUGUGUAAAUUUGGAUUCUGCAUUAAAAAUCCCACAAAUCA